AUGCAAAACAUUACUAGCUUCUUUGCUAAAAAGAAUCCUACUCCAACUUCUCUUCCACAUCCAACACAAAAUGAACAAACUAUAACUCCACCUCAAGAAAGUGAGCAACUUUCAUCUCCAUCUCAUUAUUCAACUCAAAAUUCCCCUCAAAAUGAACAAGGCCAAUGUUCUCCUAAUGCCCCAAUCUUUGGAGAAAGAUUAAGUGAACAUGAAUUUGCUAAUCUUCCACAAGAUCCAGGAAAGAGGAGAAAAAUGAGUCAAUUUCAUAAAGAUGAUAGAGAUUUAGUGAGAAGAAUUUACAUUCAAAGAAAGCCUUGUCAGCCCAAAGACUUUACAUUUCCUCAAACUUCUAUUUUUGGCAAAAAUCGUCGCUUUUGUGCUAAGUGGUUUGAUACUUGGACUUGGCUUGAGUAUAGUGUGGAAAAGGAUGCUGCCUAUUGUUUCCCUUGUUAUCUAUUCAAGGAUGAAAAUGUCUUUGGAGGUGAUGCUUUUGUUAGUGAUGGUUUCAAAUCAUGGAAUCGAUCGGAUUUAAUAAGAAAACAUGUCGGUAAACACUUGAGUGCACAUAAUAAUGCUAUUUUAGCUAUGGAUUUGUUCAAGAAACAAAAUUCAAGCAUCACACAAGCCUUAACAAAACAAACCGCUGAGAGUACAAAUGCAUAUAGGACGCGACUUGAAGCUUCAAUUGAAUCUAUCCAAUGGCUUUUACUCCAAGGGUUGCCUUUCCGUGGUCAUGAUGAAAAAGAAAGUUCCUUAAGAAGAGGUAACUUUCUUUCACUUUUAUCCCUUAUUUCCAAAGGUAAUCCUGAAUAUUCUAAAGUUGUUUUCAAAAAUGCUCCUAGUAAUUGUCAACUUACUUCUCCUAAAGUCCAAAAAGAUAUCAUAAAUGCAUGUGCAAAAGAGACCACUAAAGCAAUGCUUGAAGAUAUUGAUGGUGGUUUAUUUUCUAUCCUUGCUGAUGAGUCCGCUGAUGUUUCUGACAAGGAACAAUUGGCUCUUUGUUUGAGAUAUGUUAAUAGAAAGGGAGAAGUGUGUGAGCGUUUACUUGGUAUUGUGCAUGUUGUAAACACUGCUUCUUUGACUCUCAAAACUGCUAUUGAAUCCUUAUUAAUGGAGCAUUCUUUGUCUUUCUCUCAAGUACGGGGUCAGGGUUAUGAUGGGGCAAGUAAUAUGCAAGGUUCUAUUAAUGGCCUUAGGACUCUUAUAGAGAAUGAGUGUAAAGAAGCUUAUUUUGUCCACUGCUUUGCUCACCAACUUCAAUUAACUCAAGUUGCACUUGCUAAAAAGAAUUCAGAUUGUGCUUGGUUAUUUGUUGAUGUACUUGCACCUCUCUUGAAUUUUGUGGGGGGUUCACCAAAAAGGAAAGAGUUUCUUCGUGAAAAUCAAGCUCAAAGAGUGGUGGAUGCAUUGUCUCUAGGUGAACUUGAAACGGGUUCAGGUUUAAAUCAAGAACGUGGAUUAGGUAGACCUUGUGAUACUCGUUGGGGAUCUCACUUCAAGACAAUCUUGAAUGUACUUGAUUUAUUCCCUGUAAUCCUUGGUUCUCUUGAGGAUAUUGCAAAAGUAUCUGAUACAAUAGAUUCUAAUAGAGCUCAAACACUUACAAAUCUUCUGAUGUCCUUUGAUUUUGUGUUCGUGGCACACUUGAUGGUUAGUAUAUUUGCAAUAACAAAUGCUUUGAAUGUGGCCUUACAAAAGCACGAUCAAGACAUUGUGAAUGCAAUGGCCAUGGUUAAUGUAACCAAGACUAAUUUGCAAAAAAUGAGAGAUGAAGGAUGGGAUUCUCAUAUGGAAAAGGUAAUUUCUUUUAUUGGUGACUAUGACAUUGCAGUUCCAGAUAUGGAGGCUAAAUAUGUUGUUCCCGGGAGGAGGUUGUUUAGAGGUAAAUGCCCACAAGUGUCUAAUCUACAUCAUUUUCGAGUUGAAGUUUUUUUUGGUGUCAUUGAUCUUCAAUUGCAAGAACUUGAAAAUCGAUUUCCCAAAAUAACUAAAGAACUACUUGUGUGUAUGUCUUGUUUGAGUCCUGUGGAUCGUUUUUCUAAGUUUGAUAAGGAAAAAUUGAUUAAGCUUGCAAAAUUCUAUCCUAAUGAAUUUCCAAGUUCAGAAUUGAUAGUCUUUGGUCAUACACUUAAUAGUUACAUUUGUUCUGUUAGAGGAGAUGAAAGGUUUUGGAAUUUGAAGGGUCUUAGUGAUCUUUCAAUCAAAUUGGUUGAAACGGGAUUGUCUGAAACUCAUGAUAGGGUCUAUUUACUUUUGAAGUUGGUGUUGCUUCUUCCUGUCGCAACGCAAUUCGACACGACAAAUGUACAUUUCCGUCAUUCCAUAGUUACCGCACAUUUGUCAGAUUAA